AUGAUGGACGUCAUAGGCGAAAGAAACAGGAACUUCGACCUGAGCGAUUCGUAUGAGGGGCGGAGUCCUGGGGAGACGGAGCCGCACAUCGGCAACACCGUGAGUAGCAACAACAGUGUAAGUAGCGGAAACACCGCCAACGAGGCAAAUGUGGACAUCAGCAGCGAGCGGUAUAUCAUCUGGAGGAGGAACACGCCAUUCCUGUACAAUGCCCUAUUGAGGAAUAAGCUGGAGUGGCCCUCCCUGACGGUCGAAUUUAUAGGAAUCGAUAACUCCUUCAAAGGAAAAACGAACUACUUCACGAAUAAAAUUUUACUCGGCACACAUACGUCCAAUCAGGAUUCAGAAUAUGUAUACAUUGGAGAAGUAAAGGCUCCACUGUAUUCAACAAAGGAGGACGUGUUGCAAUUUGAAAACUACACAGGCUUUAUUAACAACAAGAAGAAGAAAAAGGGUCAGCCACUCCCUUCCUUUGAAGUAAAGGCCAAGUUACUCCACCCAGGGGAAGUCAUAAGAGCCAGUCACCUACCAAGCAACUCUUUUUUUAUUGUGACCCAGACGUACAAUGGAAACAUAUUGUUGUUUGACUAUACAAAGCAUCCUUCGUUCCCUUCAGAAACGUCCACUUGCUACCCUCAGAUGAUCCUCAAAGGGCACAGUAGUGAAGGGAAUGGCCUAUGUUGGAACAUCAAUCGGGUUUACGACCGCUGUGACAGGCAAAGCUGGGGCAAGCGAAGCAAUGCGUUUAAGGAGGAGGUCGACCCGGAUGCGACAGAGGGGACAGAGCCAACAGACACGACGGAGGAAGCCAACGAACAAAACGAAUCAGACCAAGCAGAGAGCAGCGAUGAACCCUUUGGCGAUGUAAACACGAGCAACUUGCUUCUCGCCUCGUGCGCAUCCGAUGGAAGCAUAUGCCUCUGGGACAUAAACAAAGGGACGAAGAGUAACGAAGUGCCAAGAACCUACGGAAUCAACAAAACGGGAAAAAGUGCCGACUAUAAUUUGAAGAUCUACGAGAAUACACCCACAUUGAGUCCUCUCUGUACGUGGAUACAUAAAAAUGAAGAAACGUCUCUGAACGACAUCUUUUUUCACCCCAAGUUUAAAAACGUCUUAGGCGUUUGUGAUGAUAAUGGUUCUAUGUGUGUCUAUGAUGUAAGGGCCAAAACAUUUUUCUCCAAACCGGAGCUCAAUUUUAAAGAUCACAAUGCAGCCAUGAACAGCUUUUCUUUCGAUACCUUUUCUCAAUACACUUUCUGCUGUGGGUAUGCAGACGGAUUAGUUUCCAUUUGGGAUCUGAGGCACGACAAAGAGUCUCUGCUUCAGCUAGACUAUCACACACAGAGUAUUAAUCGGAUUAAAUUCUGCCUGAUGCAGUCAGGCAUUUUUGGAUCGUGUUCGGAUGAUGGAACAGCAUGUAUUUGGGACAUUUCCAGGAACUCUCUAAAUUAUGGACAAGUGAGAAAAGCGGAGGAUGACAUUUAUAAUAAUCCGAAGAAAAUUCCAAAGCAGCUGCUCUUCGUGCAUGGGGGUCACGUUGGAAGUGUGUAUGAUCUUUCUUGGGCCAACAGCAACACCUUGUUGGUGGCCACCGUGGGCGUGGACAACUCCCUCCAGGUGUGGCACAUGAACGAGCAGUUCUUGUUUCAGUGA